AUGGCCCACAAGAGGUCACUGGAAGCACUGGACAAAACAUUGAAAUAUUUACAUGACAAUCAAAAUAUUUUUGGUCGAGCAAUGAUUUUGUUGUCAGGUGAUUUUCGCCAAACUCUUCCAGUGAUACCGCGAUCAACUGUUGCUGACGAACUAAACAUUUUUGCAGUUUUACAAACCACAAAGGAGGGGCUUAGUCAAUGCGUAUUCUCAGAUAUAAACCAACAAUUUUACGAUCUCAAUUGGCUGAGCGAACGAACAAUAUUGGCGGCGAAAAACAAAGAUGUCGAUGAUCUCAAUGCAACAAUACAAAGUUUACUUCCAGGGGAAUGCUUUACUUAUAAAUCUGUAGACACAGCUACAAAUCAGGAUGACAUACUCAACUAUCCUACAGAAUUUUUAAAUUCAUUAGAAUUGCCUGGGCUGCCACCACAUAAUUUAAAAUUGAAAGUAGGAUCACUUGUCAUCAUGCUACGUAAUUUAAAUCAGCCCAUACUAUGCAAUGGAACAAGAUUGGUUGUGAAAAAGCUAAUAAAUAAUGUAAUUGUGGCAAAAAUCAUUAAAGGAAAAUACAAGGGACAAAAUGUAUUGAUCCCGCGAAUUCCUAUGAUCCCAACGGAUUUACCAUUUGAUUUCAGGCGUUUACAAUUUCCAAUACGCCUCGCUUUUGCAAUGAGCAUCAAUAAAUCGCAAGGACAGUCGCUGCAGGUUUGCGGUAUCAACUUAGAGUUUCCAUGUUUCGCACACGGCCAAUCAUACGUUGCGUGUUUGCGCGUCGGUAAACCAUCAUCCUUAUUCAUUUACGCACCGCAAAAAAGACCAAAAUAUUUUCUAUAA